UAAUUCUUCAGCACUCAGCCUUCUUUAUGGUCCAACUCUCACAUCCAUACAUGACUACUGAAAAAACCACAGCUUUGACUAUACUUGAGAAUGUACGUUUAGGAGGAUGCUGAAAACACCUAUUGCUUCAGAAUGAAUUCAAGCCAGUGAAAAUUCUGAGCUUCAGGAUAGAUCAGUCAACUCAGUCCCUGCAUGCACAGGCCAUCUAAGAGUGGCUUCUGUGAGUUCAAGGUGAUACGCACAGCCCACUGGGUGACUGAAUUGUGCUUUGUUCAAUAAUGUCUGAAGAAGUGACCUAUGCAACUCUCAAAUUUUCAAAUCCUAAGACAAAGGAACCCCAGGAAAGCCACAGUCUCAAGAGAACAGAUAGCCAUGAAACUCCUGACUUGGAGCUGGGCGGUGAAGCUGAAACUGGAGCAGGGAGCAUCAAGGGCACAGCUGAGGCAACUGAGAGCAGAGCUAUGAGAGGACACAGCGCUCCAUCAAAGGUGUGGUGCCCUAUUGCUUUUGUUUCACUGUUGUUGAACCUGGUGGUGCUGGCUGGACUGGGAGCCCUGGGCUUAAUGCAUUACUACAAGCUCAUUUUUAACAGCAAGACAGUUUAUGAUAUACAACUGAAUGUAACAGAACGUGUGGAAACAACCACAUUACCCACAGAUAUGCCUACAACUGUCUCAGACUGUCCUUAUUCAGACCCAGCACUUCACUUAUGUUCGGAGAUAUGGAUACAGUAUGGAAGUAACUUCUAUAACUUUUCUACCAAAAUAAUUUGUAAUACGUGCGACAGCGACUGUGAGAAGAAUCACUCCUCCCUGAUGAAUAUGGAUGAUGGGGAAAAUAGGAAUAGAACCAAGCUGUUCAUUAGAUGUCAUCCAUUAUAUAUCUUCCAGACGCUUCUGAAUUCUGUUUCCAACAACACAAAUCAGACAGAAAGGAAUGUUUCAGAUAUUUCCAUUUUGACUUGUUUGGUACCUCCAUAAGUAUUUCAAGUGCCAAGACAGUGAAGCAUGCAGUGUUCAAUGGAAAUUUAACAAUUGGAAAAUCUAAUGAGUCCCGUAGUUAUGGUACCUGUGAAAACAAAGUAGAUGUACUAAAUUCUCAACCUUAUGUAAAUGCAAGCACUUACAAGAGUUUAGGAUAUAGAAAUGAUUGUGUAAGCUGAAACUAUGCAAAAACAAGCUCAGAAACAAAUGUGGUAAAUUUGAUUGGUUUGUGACCUUUAAAACUUUUUGUAAAAAUGUUAAAAACUCAUCUUCAGUUGAUUAUAAUUAUACAGGAAAAGUUUUUUUUAAUAAAAUUGAGAUUAUCUCAUCCAAAUUUAAUUUGAAAUAUUAGAAACUUUGAGAAUUAAAGUGGUUUAUUUUGUUUAUAAAGAGUAGUAUAAACAGGGCUACAACUUCUUUCAAUACAUCUUAUUAUGUCUAUACUGAAGGAAUUGUUGCACUCCUUUCUAAGUUGGGAUAAGCUUUUAUUGUUUUAUCCUUUCUGUGCUCAAAGACAUGAAAUAUUUUCAACAGUUCCUUUAAUUGUGAAGUUUUUUUUUUUUUUUUUCUGGCAUCACUUCCUUUAGACAGUUUCAGUGUAAUUUUCUUCACACAACUACUUUUGUUAAUACACUUUCUUCACUAAGUUCCUCUGACUGCAUAUUGAGACUCUCUAAAAUGAUGGUAGAGUCAAUAUUCCCACAGUGAGUGAUUUCUUUCAUAACUGUAUUUAGAUUAUUAUUUGUACAAUGUGGUAAAAGUUCCUGUCAUGCUAUAAACAUGUUAUUCACUCCUUCUGACAGGAUAUUUGAGUACUUUCAGCUAGAUGCUUUAUGUCAGAUUUCUAAAACUCAGCUAGAGAGUUUUUGAUUGCAUUAUGAUUAUAUUAUCAAUAGUCUGUCCAAAUGUCCAUCAAACAUAAAAGGUCUUAAAAGACAAGAUAAUUCCUUGACCCCUUGACUGGAUUAAUGAUGCUGCAUUUAAUGAUAAACAGAAAAUUUUCACAAGUUCACUCAAGCUCCUAAGAGAAUUAGCAUGACCUAGAGCAUUAUUUGAGUAGAAGUGCUCUAAAAACUAUAUUAUUUUGCUGACAGUAUCUCAACAACAUGGAAACAAGGAGAAAAAGGAACGUUAUGCAUUACUAUCUAUAUCUGAACUGAAUAAGAGAUUCUCAGUGACCAACCCUGGAGAAAUUUUUUUUUUUAAGUGGCAAGAUUGAGUAUCUGUUGUUUACAUAGCAGCAAAGUUUGUACUUCAUGUGAUUACUCAGAGUUAAUACACUCUGGUAAAUGAAAACUGAAUCCUGUAGGUGGCAGGCUGAUGUUUAGGUGAAUCAUAAUCUCUGAAAUUUGCAUUUGUGAGAAUCAUGUAAAAAUAAUUUCUGAUAGCUUUCAAAGUUCGAACAAUAAAUUAAAACAAACAUCUGA